AUGGCGCGAACUACUUCGGAUCCAGCGGAUACGAAGGGGCGUCGUCGUGAGCAAAACAAGCUUGCACAGCGCAGAUUUCGAUGGAGAAAUAAUCAACGGAAGGCCGCAGAGUUACUGGCCCAUCCCACUCCCAGCCCAAGCUCGAAUUCGAAUUCGGGUCAAGAGCCGCGCACGGAAGAUGCAACACUUUCUGACACUCCCGCUAUGUUCACCACGAGUACCACUGUCCCGGCUUAUAACCUUCAAAGCCCACGAGUGACUGCACCGGAUUUGUUUGAUGAUUUUGAUCUCAGUGGGAUAAACAAUAUUUUCAUGCCGGAGUUUGAAUCAAUGCACCCACCCGAUAUUUUGCAACCUUUACCAGUACCGGCCACAUCUGAGCCUGAAACGCACAUCUCUAGGCCAUACAUGAGCAGAGAACUAUCCAUUGUCCCGGGAAAUAAUAGUCGUAAUGGAUCAGAGACUUGUGACUAUGUUGAAAAUGACCUGGGCAGACCUUGGAUCAGUCCACUUCACAGGGCAAUACAAAGCGGCCACAGUAAGAUUGUUCAGCUUCUGCUCGAGCAUAAAGCCAACUGCAAUGAAAAGGAAAGAGGUGGUCUGACACCGUUAAUCCACGCUAUAAUUGGGGGGUACGAGGAUGUUGUGGAUUCGCUGCUGUCGCACGGUGCUAGCAUUGAACUCGUUGAUGAUGAGCAUCGAUCGGCGCUCCAUUGGGCCGUGAUAAAUCGCCGGGAGCGCUUGUUGAAGAGACUUUUGAAGCACUGUGCAGGAGACAGUACUUUGAUCAAUGGAUGCACGAAAGAGGGUAGGACUCCAUUGCUCAUUGCUAUCGAUACUGGCUUUGAAGCAGCGGUAGAGGUACUGUUGGAAUCAGGUGCGGAUGUGCACUUCAGAGGUAAGGGUCAUGGUAUUGUCCAACAGAGUUGA